CAACACAGUCUUUCCUACUAAUCGCCACGACAACCCAGCUACCACGUAAGCUUACUCAAAGCUUGUCCUAUGUAGACUCUUAUAAUCUACAGCAGUUCCCUGCAUACGUUCCCCCCCGCCAAACCCCGCGAUGAAGCCCCAGGACCGCAUAUUUCUCAUUUCUGGAGGAGUAUCCGGCCUCGGUCUCGCCACCGCCCGCUCGCUCCACUCCGCAGGCGCAUACGUCUCUCUCCUCGACCUAAACGCAGACUCGGGAGCCGAGGUCGUACAAGAGCUGGGCGAAAGGGCAAAGUUCUUCGAGACAGACGUAUCGGACACCGACUCGAUAGCUGCAGCAGUAGAAGGGACGGUAGCGUGGGUCAAAGACACAGGGAAAAGCAUAGGAGGAGUGGUAGCAGGUGCAGGUGUUGGAUUGCCUGGAUUGAUUAUCGACAAGUCGAACACCCCUCUUGCGCUCUCCUCCAUCGACUUCGUUCUCAACAUAAACCUGCACGGCACACUCGACCUGAUCCGCCAAACCCUCCCGUCCAUAACCACAAAUACCCCAUCCGGUCCUGAUGGCGAGCGCGGCGUCCUGAUAAUGAUAGCCUCCUCCGCGGCUUUUGAGGGCCAGAUGGGACAGGUAGCGUAUGCCGCAUCGAAGGGCGCAGUUGCGUCGCUCACAUUGCCCCUUGCGCGGGACUUAUCGAAAUAUGGCAUUCGGGCGGUGACGAUUGCACCCAGUCUAUUCGAGAGCAAUAUGACCAAGGUUAUGGGAGCAAAGGUGCGACAAGGGUUGGAGCGGGUGAUGGAAUUUCCGAAGAGGGCGGGACAGCCAGAGGAGUUCGCGAGGCUGGUGAUGGAAUGCGUCGAGAACCAAAUGCUGAAUGGAACUGUGUUGAGGCUGGAUGGCGCAAUGAGGAUGCCAAGUAAAUUAUAGGUACGUGUCUGAGAGCGUGCGG